UACUACUGUAAUAUUACUGCUUGGGUUUGAUGAACUGUUGUCUGUUUCCAGAAUUUAAAGCUCUGUAAUUAUAGCUAUUUGGGACCAGGAAAUACAAUUCCAAGAAUAGUUUAUCAGAUAAACAUAACCUCACCAUAAUGGACCUUUGGCAAAGGACCAACUAGAAAAAGACUGGUAUUCCCAUGUGUGCUGAACCCUCUCGUUUCUUCCUUAUUUCUGCCUUUAGCUGGCGGGACUUUUCCAACCCGAAUCCAGCUGCUUCCCAACUCAAGCCCUGCUGAGAAGGAGGAUGUGUGUGUGCAGACAGGCGAGGUUAAGCACACAUGGAAGCAGCUCAUAGGAAUGGGCUGGGAACAGAACCCAUCAUUCAGCGUCUGUCAAGGACUCUCACCAUAGCCUACAUUUCGCGACAGAUUUAUGACCUCACAAAAAAAGAGUCUAGGAACUGACCAAUGGCAUUGCUCCACCAAUAUGACUAGAUAAAGUAACCCUAUGGCAACAUAUUAGGAUUUAGACUCGUAGAAAAGAAGAAAAAAAACGGAAUAUUAUUGAUUCAUAUUCAGUCAUAGAAUAAUCGUAUAUAAACUGUUACAUCAUAUAAUGUAUUGGGCAGCCAUGGGAAGAGAUAUGGUUGUAUUGCUUCUUGUUUUUUCUUCUUAGGGCCAGUAAGAAAAUCCCCAGCUGCCUGUGUCUGUCGGCGUUGCGCCACUGUUUAUAAAUAAACGGCAGAUUAAACAGGAUCUGUUAUUGGGGACAGUGUACCGUAGCCUAUGGUUUGCUGUGUGAAGGGGCUAAACUCCAGCAUAUUGGCCUGACAUGUUUCCUGACCCCACAAGAAUUCCAGGUCUCGCGUGUUCCCCAGUUAUUUUUGUAGGCUAUUGGUACCUGUUGAAUAUCACUUACCACACCUAAGCAAAAACAAGCAACCUAGUGAGUGUGUUUUUUACCAUGGGAUGACAUCAUACUUUGAAUAAUUGACAAACAUCAUUUUCAUAUUUAACCAACAUAAUUUGCAUAUUCCCCUCCCAGCCCUUUACUCUAAAAAGGUACAUUGCUUUCCCACCUUCAUCUCAAACAAUGGUCUAAACCAGGCAAUGCUUUCUGUUUUUUCAGACUUAAAAAAAAUAAAAAAUCAGUAAAAUAUGAUUUAAACAACAUACAGGUCAAAUGUAAAAUUGUAAUUGUUUUUAAUAAAGUCAUAGGCUACUAGGGAUAAUGCAUUCACUCUAAUAAUUUUUAAUUACAAGUGUUAUGAUUAGCUAUUAAGUUUUGUGUUUGGGGUGCCACCGCUCGUUCCUGUCGCAGCGUGCAUUUGUUUUGCUUCAGUUCUGUGUGUUGUGACAUUCUAGACGUGAAGUUGUGAACACGUCAGUAAGACUGUUGAACAUUGAGUGAACAUCGACUGUCUUUCUUGCGCAGCAAACGCAAGUGCUGCAUCAACAGACUCCUUGGCAGAACGCGAGGAGGGCAGAGGGGUACUGUGACGACGAUUUUAGUAAUGUCUCUUGAGAAAUAACAUUAUAGCGUCUCUAAACAUGACUUCGGUGUGGAAGAGACUUCAGCGUGUCGGCAAGAAAGCGUCGAAGUUCCAGUUUGCGGUGACUUUUCAAGAACUGACAGUAGAAUGCACGAAGAAAUGGCAGCCAGACAAACUGAGAGUAGUAUGGAGCAGGAGAAACCGGAGAAAUUGCACCAAGCUACAUGGGUGGCAGCCUGGCAUCAAGAACCCCUACAGGGGCACGGUGGUGUGGCAGGUGCCCGAAAACCUGGACAUCACUGUCACACUCUUCAAGGACCCGACUGCAGAUGAAUUUGAAGACAAGGACUGGACAUUCAUCAUUGAGAAUGAGACUAACAAGGGCCACAGGAAGGUGCUGGCGUCGGUGGACGUCAACAUGAAGAAGUUUGCCAGCGCCACCCCUGCCCAGUACGACCUGACGCUGAAGCCCAAGCCCCUGUCUGUGAAGGUGGUGGAAGCCACACUCAAACUGACCUUGACCUGCGUCUUCCUCAAAGAGGGCAAGGCCACAGAUGAGGACAUGCAGAGUCUGGCCAGUCUGAUGAGCCUGAAGCAGAGUGACAUCGGCAACCUGGACGACUUCAACGAUAGUGACGAGGAGGAGGGCGAGAGGAGGGUCAGCAUCGGAGCCGGCAUGGGCCCCGCCACUCCCGUCACAGAGUUUCAGAGGCAGUUGAGCACUCUGACAGAGGAGGAAUACAGCACUGCCACAACUCCCAACCACACUGCUGGAAUGAUCAGUAUUGCCAGUCAGAGGCCAGACCCAUCAACAUCCACACUUGACCCAUUGGCUAAGCCCUUUGGGACAACAGUCCAUGAGAGAAGGCAGGAGGCAUUCUCAAUGUUUGGAGUGGAGGUUGUCCAGGCAAUGGCAGGCCCUUCAUGUCAGUCUCCCAUCCAAGUGGGACAGACAUUGCAGUAUGAGAUGGGAGCAACUGUUGACAAUGAGCCAAAAGAGCCAGACCACAGCCAGACCACUUGUGAGGUUGUGGCCCUGGCAAAGUGUCAAGUUGUAGAGGACUUGGAGAUGAUAUGUAAGGAAGAAAUGGAAGAGGAAGUCAUAGAGUCAGGCUCCGGAAUAGAGCAUUCUGGGAAGGAAGAGGUUACUGUGGCUAGGCAGGUGGAAGUGUAUGAGAUGCGACCUGAAAACAUGGUUUCUCUGCCGCCAUCAUGCCUAAGAGUUGCCAGUGCACCAGGGUUUCUAUCCACUCAAGCAUCCUGUUCAGAGGCUCAGUUAGAAUACCGUCCAGUGGACAAUAGCAUAUUAUGGGAGACGCCAAGAAAGGAUGGGUCAGAGCUCUCUAUCGAAAGAUCAAAAGAGAAGAGAGACAUGGUGAGAGGAAUGGCAGAUAUGGUCUCAUCUUGUCCAAGCACUGUCAGCAUUCCGGGAUUUCUGUCUCCACAUCUGUCCAAGGAAGUCAAGUUAGAGAGGGAACCUAGCAUGGCAGAUCUAAUGCCAUCCUGCCCAAGACUGGCUGGCACACUCGGAUUUCCUUCUCUUGAAAGUCAAGUAAAGGAGUGUACAACCAACAUUGAGGCCAUUUGGGAGAAGCCCCCGAAGGGGAAAAAAAGGAUGGCCUUUAUGUCCACUCCACAUUUGGACAGAUUAAACGAAGACAAAGAGCUAAUGAAACACAUGGUGGCUCUGGUACCAUCAUGUCCUACUACAACAAAUCUUCCUGGCUUCCCCUCUGCACCACAUCCAAAAACGGAGGUGGGGCCAAGUAGUGUGAAUCUUGUUCCCUCCUGCACUAAAGUUUCUAGUCUCCCUGGUUUUCCAUCCAUUGAGAAGGAUAGGUGGGCAGGGUGGGUUGUUGACCAGGGGCCAUUGUUGAAGAGACCACUAAAGGAGAGGAAAGUCAUUAUUGACAGCUCAAAAGCAGACCAAGAGGAAAUGAAAACCAAUGUUCCUUUGAGGCUAUCAUGUCCACACGCUGCAAGGAUCCCUGGCUUCCCAUCUGUACCACAACCCAAUAUGAUGAUUAUUUUGCCUGCUUGCUCUAAAGCUUCCAGUGAGGAGGCUACAACAUUAAAGUGGCUUGUUGACCCCAAGCCUGUGUUUGAGCACUUGCCGAAGAAGGAGGAGGAAGAUGUUUUUCCAAAAGACAAAUCAAAAGAAGACAUUGACAAAAUGAAACCAGUAGUUGCUUUGGUGCCAUGUUGCCCAGAAGCAGCCAUCAUUCUUGGCUUCCCCUCUUGUUUCCCUUCUGUACCACAACCCAAAGAUGUCUACGUGGGGCAAACUGUAGUCAACCUUCUUCCAUCUUGCCCAAAAGUCUCCAGUAUUGCAGGUUUCCCAUCUCAUCAGCAAACUGACAGAAACUAUUGGCACACAGAUCCACCCAGAGAUCAUCAGCCAUUAUGGGAGAAGCAACUGAAAAAGAAGCAGAAGUUAUUGAUGGAAAUAUCAGAAAAAGACAAACAAGGAAUGAAAGGAAUGGUGGCUCUGGUACCAUCAUGUCCUACUGCAGCAAGUAUUCCUGGCUUCCCCUCUGCACCACAUCCCAAAGCUGAGGUAGAGCUAAGUAUGUUGAGUCUUGUGCUCGCUUGCCCCAAAAUGUCCAGUCUCCCUGGUUUUGCAUCCACUGAUGGGGCUACAGCAUUAGAGUGGCUUGUUGACCCAAAAUCUAUGUUUGAGCACUUGCAAAAGAAGAAGGAAGAGGAAGAAAACAUUCUCCCAAAAGUCAUUGGCAAAACGAAAGCAAUGGUUGCUUUGGUGCCAUGUUGCCCAGAAGAAGGCAGGAUUCCUAGCUUCCGCUCUGCACCACAACCUAAGAGGGAGCUUCAUAGUGUGGAUCUCACGCGAUCUUGCCCCAAAAGCUCCAGUCUCCCAGGUUUCCCAUCGACGGCCAACGUCCAGACAGGAGAUUGGCACGUUGAACAGAAGCCUUUGUUUGAGAAGAAGCUGAAAGAUAAGACCGUAAUGAUCAAAGAUUGGUCACCAGAAGACAGAGAAAAUAGGGUGUCACUGGUGCCAUCUUGCCCAUGUGAGAGUCUCACUUCUGGGUUCCCGUUCUUUACACAACUAAAAGCAAAAGAAGAACAAACCGUGUUUUCCCUAAUGCGAGCUUGUCCAAGUGAAUCUAGAGAACCAGGAUUACCUUCUAGACAGCCAUCUGAAUUAGCUCGAACCCAGGGAGAAGAAUCUGUGAGUUCUAUGCAGCCAAUGUGGGAAAAACCAUUGAAGGAUAAUAGGUCAGAGGAUAUGGUGCUUUCCAAGCCUGACCUAGGCAGUGCAGUUGGAGAUGAAAACCUGAAAACUUUGCUUGCACUGGUACCAUCUUGCCUCGAGGCAGCAAGCUUUCCUGGUUUCCCGUCUGCCCCUCCUCACAGUCUAGAGUCUAUAGAGGCAAAUGAGACAAGUAUGCAGACAGAGAAGAAACAGGUUACUGGAGAACCAGCAGAGUGUGUUCUAGAUAAGGGUGUCCUCGACAGCCCACAAAUAGAGAAAAUCCCAUCUGAGGAAAUCCAGAAGUCCUCUGCAGUGUUAGAACCAGAGCUGGUCUUAGGAUGGGAGGUGUUGGAGGCUGAGGGGUCUGUGGCAGAGAAGCAGCAGGAGGCCUCUGGCCUAGUACAGACCAUUUUUGGUGUCUUCUCCAGGGGUUAUGAAACAGUAGCAGCCAUGCUGGGUCCGUCUGGCUCCUCUCCAACAGAAGGUGCAGCCCCAUCAGAGAGCUCCUCUGAACCUGUCCCAGAUACAUCUACCCUCGUCCAGGAAGCAGUGUCUGGAAAGGCACCGCACCUUGAGGGUGAAACCAAAAAAACUAUUGAACUCCCAACCACCGCUGAGCCAUGCUUGUUGAAUAUGGAAGACCAACAGUCAAUGAGUGAGGCAAUGAGACAAGACACUGAGGAUGGGUUUGUUCAAGUCCAAGAUCUAAGCAGUAUGAGAAAAUGGCCGUCAUUGACGGAGGCUGACCUUACUGAGAUCUCCAGAGGAAAAUUUGUGGUAACUGGGGAAGAAGAGAUUUACCUUGACUUGUGGGCGCAAAUAGGGGAGAAAUCGACGUUAAAAGCACAGGACUCUGGACAGAUAACAGGUUAUGUUGACAUUUAUUCAGCCGGGUCACCUGUCGAGACAGAAUUAUCAACUUCAUUACACCAGGACAAGGGCGCCCAACAUGCAAGCACAGAGGAAGCCUCUGCCCCUACCUCACAACCUACUACAGACAAGUUGCUGUUAGAGGACAAGGCUCAAGAACAUAUAGUCCCCAUCCCAGAUAAACCCUCUGAUGAUCAGAUACUCACCUCAGAUGAAACACAAUCGGACGUUGCCCUUGUUGUCGCUGGCCAGGCUGUCCCUGCACAGGUAACAACUGAACUGGUCGCUCCUCAUCAUGCAAAGAAACGAGACGGUAGUCUUCCUCCAGAAACUCAACAGGAAGCUGAUGAUCAAGGGAUUGUUUCUAAGGUAGUCCCUUCACGGCCUCCAAGGAGAAAAGACUGUCUCACUUCAGAGCACACACAGAAAUCUGAGAAUGUAUCUGUACAGAAGCCCACUGAAGUGAGAGGAGACCGUAGUCUUUCAACAGAACCUCUAAAGAAAGAUGAUGUCCAGAAGGGUUUUACUGCCCAGGCACCAGAGGAGAUGGUACCAUCACAUCCUGGUAGGAAAAUAGAUCGUUGUCUUUCAACAGAGCCUCAACAAAAAACUGAUGCCCCUGUCCAGGUGCCCACUGAACUGGUCCCUCCUCGCCGUACUAAGACAAGCCUCACUAAAGAGACACCACAGGCAACCGGCGUUAUCCCAGCUCCACGCACAAGGGGAACCUAUAGUGCUUCCAGUGCAGAACGUUCACAGAUACCUGGCCAGGGAGCCACUGAACUGAUUCUACCAUGGCCUGUGAAGAAACAAAACAUCUUCACUCCAGAGCCAUCUCAGAAAGCUGAUGAGCCAGAGAAUGUGAUUGCCCAGGCGGUCGCUAAGCUGAUUCCACCUCAACGCACCAGGAAAGCAUCUCUCUCUCCCGAACCGCGACCGAAAGCUGACGAUUUAAAGACUGUUACUGGUAAGGCCACAAUUGUUCCCCUAACUCCAUAUCAUGUACCUACAGAGUCAUACCCCGACUUUGGUGUGGGAGAGACUGCCCCCCUCUCGAUCAUCAGAAAAAUAGCCCCGCCCAGGCGCAGCAAAAGAACUCAUUCUCCCCCAGUGGAAUCAAGCAAAGCAGAGGAUGGCGCAGAUGAAGCUAUGGCUUUAGAGGCCCUGAAUGCUGCCAACCAGGGGUCUACAGCUCCAGCCCAGACACAGGAUCUUAUGAUAACCUUUUCAAAGGAGUCUGAGGUGGAGACGCAGUCUCCGGAAGUGACCGAAACAGCCACUGAGUCACUCGAAGAUGAGCCAGCUCAGAAGUCCUCACCAGAAGUUACAGACCCAUUCGAAAAGGUUGAGGCGGAGAAGCAGACCUUGGAAGUGACUGAAACAACCAAUGAUUCACUUGAAGAUGAGCCAGCUCAGAAGGCCUCAGCAGAGGACAUUGCACCAGGAGUAAAGAUGAAAGGCAAGCAGGAGAUCUUUCCAGUCCCAAAGCCUCGUGGGAAACGAGACCCAACCCCACCUGUCCAAACAGAUGCUACCCAACCAAAGACCUGGCAUGCCUCUAUUGGGGAUAACACCCAGUCUACCAGAGAUGGAGGACAGUCACCUGCAGCCUCUGGGCUGGUACCACCUCAACGCAACAAGAGGAGCAGUAGUCUUCCUCCCGUACCCCCUCGUGGCCAGCUUGCAGCAUCUGGGGAAGUGGUGGUUGCUCCUCUGCGUAAAAGGAGCAGUAAGCUAAACAUAAAACGAUCGAGCAUGCCUGUUCCAGUUCCCCGCUCUAAAAAAUGCCUUAGUUCCUCUUUUUCUGAUGGAAAUCCUCCAAUGGACUCCUCAUUCACCAGACAGGCAGACUCCCUUGAGGGCUCACUGUCUCUCUCUCAGGAAGACAAACAAGACACCAGCCAGGAAGCCUCAGAGGGUUCAAUAUCAUUAACCUCAAACAUGGCCUCCGAUGGGAGCUUUGUCACAAUUUCUCGCUCAGAGGAGAUGUCACCAGAAGUUCAACUCUGUGAGAAGGGACUGGAGGAGAGCUGGAUCUUCACAGAAACUACUAUGUUCACAGAGGCCUUCACAGAAACUGCUAUGGUCAGUGAGUUCUUCGUAGACACUGUAAGAGAGGACAUUGAGAGGGGUUCAGUGGUAGAGGCUGUCUUUGAGAAGGGCCUGGAGGAGAGCAUGGAAAGCUGGACCUUUACAGAUACUACCAUGGUCACUCAGGCUUUCACAGAAACCCCUAUGGUCACUGAGUUUUUUGAAGACACUGUAAUCAAGGAUAUUGAGAGAGGUUCAGAGGCAGAAGUGCUUGACACGACCUCUCCAACCACCGGUACACCAGCUGAGGACGUCUGGUUACGUGUUGAGGGAGCCAAAGAGACAGAGCAGAUGGAGGUAGAGAGCAAAGACAUGUGGGUUGAAGAGAUGGACUUUGGCUUUGAGUCAGUAGACAUAUCUGCUGGUGGCUUAGAUGAGGAGAGACAGCAGGGGGCAGCAGACGAGCCAACAACACCUAAAGGCAGAGCUGUAAACUCUCAGGAAACGGGUCUAGGCAGUGCUGAAUCCCCAGAAGGCCUCAUGGCCAGUCCUGGCCUUGUUACCUCCAGCCAGUCCCUACUGGAGUGGUGUCAGGAAGUCAUCAAAGAACACAAGGGGGUCAAGAUCACCAACUUUAGCACAUCCUGGAGGAACGGCCUGGCCUUCUGUGCCCUGCUACACCACUUCCACCCGGACAGGAUAAACUUUGAGAUGCUGGACCCUUAUGACAUCAAGCGCAACAACAAGAAGGCCUUCGACGGUUUCGCAGAGUUGGGCAUCUCUCGGCUGAUAGAGCCCUCGGACAUGGUCCUCCUGGCCGUGCCUGACCGCCUCAUCGUCAUGACCUACCUCAACCAGAUCCGCACCUACUUCACGGGCCAGGAGCUGAGCGUGCUGCACAUCGAGGCGGACAGCAGUGAGUCCAGUUACGGCAUGGCCGGGGAGAGCCGGGAGGGCCCCGACCCGGAGGCCGCCGCACGCUACUGUCAACGGAUCCAAGAUGAGGCCCUCACAAUGGAGACCAAUGUGGGCGCUGCAGAGAAGAAGGCAGAUAGUGACACUAAGGAGGGCACCAAUAGGGAAGUGGUCCCACCCCCUAGAACCAAACGGCUGCAGGCUGCAGGGGAAGCAGGAGGGGCCCAAGCCCCCGUCGUACCCCCCAGGACACAUUUUUUAUCUGCCAAGUCUGGGUUCUCCCACCUAAAGGAUGUAGAUCUGGUUAAGAAACGACGGUCACAACGCAGGUCAAUAGACGAGGCAGACUCAACCGAGGUUGCUGCAGCACAGGAAGAGAGUGGAGCUGACAGAAUAAAAUCGGAAACAGGAAGGACAGCUGUUGAAGAAGGACGAUCGGCUGAGGAGGACACCAGCCAGUAUGUGCUGAGGGAGAUGCAGGCCCUAGAGUUUGAACAGAAGCACAUUGACAGCAGGGCAGACAUCGUGGAAAGUAGUCUACGGCGACUGAUGGAGUCAGGUAGUGACAAGAUGCAGGAGGAGAAGCUGAUUCAGGAGUGGUUCACUCUGGUCAACAAGAAGAACGCCCUCAUCAGGAGACAAGACCAACUACAGCUACUGCAAGAAGAGCAGGACCUGGAAAUGAGGUUUGAGAUGCUGAACCGAGAGCUGAGAGACAUGAUGGCUAUUGAAGAGUGGCAGAAGACAGUGGCCCAUAAACACAGGGAGCAGCUGCUACUGCAGGAGCUGGUGUCUCUGGUCAACCUGAGGGACGAGCUGGUCCACGACAUGGACGCCAAGGAGAAAGGGGCUCUGGAGGAGGACGAGAGGCUGGAGAGAGGCCUGGAGCAGAGACGAAGGAAGUACAGCAAGAAGAGCAAGCAGGAAAAGUGUGCACUGCAGUAAGGCCUGGCGUUGGACACACCCGAACCAGGCAGCCCAGUGGAAGGUCACACCCGAACCAGGCAGCCCAGUGGAAGGUCACACCCGAACCAGGCAGCCCAGUGGAAGGUCACACCCGAACCAGGCAGCCCAGUGGAAGUUCACACCCGAACCAGGCAGCCCAGUGGAAGGUCACACCCGAACCAGGCAGCCCAGUGGAAGGUCACACCCGAACCAGGCAGCCCAGUGGAAGGUCACACCCGAACCAGGCAGCCCAGUGGAAGGUCACCUGGAUGCACAUUGGGACUAAAGUGGUAUGUGUGUGGAUCAUGACAUCAACACUGCAUGGAAGAGACUGAGAACUGUGUUAUGGGACUGCACUAGGAGGACAUUAAACAAUGUUCACUCACCCCCCUCUAUGAUAUGACUGAGCCUCAUCGCAACCUAUGACUGGUUGUCAACAGUCACCCUGCUCUUCAGAUUGUGUUUUGAUUGGAUUUAAGUUGAGUUUUUUUGUGCAUAGUGUGUGUAUACUGUUGGGUUUUAAUUUUGAGUAAAUAACUCAAGGACACUAGAGAAGCUUAACCAAGUUGAAUUCUUCCAAAAGGGUCGAUAUAGCUGUAAUUCAGACAAAGACAUAGCUUCCCCCGCGGCAGGGUAGCCUAGUGGUUAGAGCGUUUGGACUAGUAACCGAAAGGUUGCAAGUUCGAAUUCCCGAGCUGACAAGGUACAAAUCUGUCGUUCUGCCCCUGAACAGGCAGUUAACCUAGUCCUAGUCAUUGAAAAUAAGUAUUUGUUCUUAACUGACUUGCCUAGUUAAAUAAAGGUAAAAUAAAUUUUUUUACUUCAGGUCACAAAGACAUAUCCCUAACAAACUAAUCACCAGAUUAAGUGCCUUACACUUUUAGAAAAAAGCAUUCCAAAAUGGUUCUUCAACUGUCCCCAUAGGAUUUUUGGUUCCAGGUAGAACCUUUUUUGGUUCCAGGUAGAACCCUCUCGGGUUUUACAUGGAACACAAAAGGCUUCUACAUGGAAUCAAAAGGGUUCUACCUGGAACCAAAAAUAGUUAUUCAAAGGGUUCUCCUAUGGGGAUAGCCAAUUAACCGUUUUAGGUUCUAGAUAGCACCUUUCUUUCUAAGAUACUGUAGAAUCUGUUACAGUAGUGUAUUAUGGGUUACUUCAAAAAGGUAUUUUCUACUGAAUGGGAUAUUAGGGAAGGGGCAGGGCUCCUGUACUUAGCUACAUCAAAUACCUACAUUAGACCCAUGCAGCAGGUGGAUUGAUUCACCCCUUUUCACCUAUUGUUAAAUAAGCAGUCUGAUUAUUGAAAAUUACAAUGGCGAAAUGGAAGUGAAAUGCUGAAUUUGUGCAAACAAAGAAUGCCAAAACGAGCCUCCUCAUUUAUUGCAGUAUGUUGGCUUGGACUGUGCAGACAGCGAGCACCUGUUGUCUGAUUCUUCAUUGAGGUGAAUGUAUGUGGAUGCUCCAACACUCAAGCAGAGUGGGAGAUCUUGGAUGAAAGAGGCAAAGGACAGAAGUCAGUAUACUGCAGCUUGGUGUCUGAAAGAACAAAGCAGUUUAAACGUGUUGGAAAUAUUUGAAGCUUUUAUUUAUUGAAUAGGUAUUCGACAGAUAAUCCGACCUAUCCUGCCUGUCAUAUGUGCCUUUAACCAGAUCCAGAGUUUUAAAAAAAAUGUUCAGAAGUAGGACUCAACUUUGUGUUCCUAGUUCUCAAAUGUUUAUGCAGUGAGUUCAGUUACUGUUUGUGACAUUAGUCUUGUCAUGCCUUGUUUUCCAUUGAUUGCUUUUUGUUGUUGUUUCGAAAGGUAAAUAAGGAAGCGGUGGAGUCUGAAAAUGAUCAAUUUCAAGAUGCUCUAAAAUGCUAGAGAACAGGAAUAUUCAAAUGGAAAACGUGAGGCAAAUGCAUGUUUCUUAGUGUUUCCAUCUUAACCAUACAACUAUCAAUUGCUAUAGUCUUAUUAGCAAAUCUGUAACGUGCAAAAGUGUAUGCGUUAAACGAAUAACCCUCAUACAUGAUACAAAAAAAUACACUUUAGCUAAAAUAUAUUCUAGUAUUAAAACUCCAGCACUUCGCUACAGCAGGAUUACUGCAGAUGUAGGAUCUGAAUUUGAGCCAGUUUUCUACAGCAGGAAAAUAAUCUUGCAGCAACAGGAAAUGUGAAUUAUUAUGUGGAUUAUAAGUAAUGGACAUUUUGUAUGGGGUUGAUACAUUUAUAAUUAUGGCAAAUCAAGUCUGAAAUUUCAAAGUGGAAAUUACAAACUUUAGAAGCAUUUUUAAAACUCAAAUACACUACAAGUUUGUGUUUCCUGCAACAAAAGAGUGAUCAAAUGAAGAUCCUACAUCUAUAUUAUUGGCCAGGCAGGAGUGCACCAGAGCAUGAUAUUUGCUUGACAUCUUCUCCACUACACUUUGUGUAAUGUUAAGUUAUCAUGAGCGCAGGCGUUUCUAUUUCAGUGGGAGGAACUACUUAACAGAGUAAAAACAUGAUUCUGUCCGGAGUUAUUUUGGGUGACACUGGAGAGUGAUUUUUUUUUAUUUUUAGAAGUGUUUGAAUUGUUGUUCCAGCUUGUUCCCCCUCUGCCCCACUGUUAGUUACUGUGUUAAUGUUCCUACCACUGUGUGAGUUUGAGAGAUUUUACUUUCAGUUUUCUGAAAUAGCUUUUGGGGAAGGUUUUGUUUAUUUUAAUGUACUUUUGCACUAUUUGUGAUGUUUGGAGAAUUAAAAAGGUAUCUUGGAUCAGUA